AUGGCUCACUUGCGUGGUGGUGACCGACCAUUUGCCUCCAUACACAACCUUCUGAAGAUGCUACUCUCGCCCCACCAGUCCAACAAGCCUGUCCAGCAGGACGCCGACAUGGCUGAGGACGUCGACGAACCCCCCGAUCAUCGGUUCCUGAACACCUCUUCGAGUCACGUUGACGAGGAUGUCGUCCGCGUCAAGACCACCGUGACCGAGCGGCAGGAAUCCCUGCUCACUCGUGCCCUCAAAACCAGCCCCGUCCUGAGCCCCUCCGAACAAGAACCGUCGUCCCACGAACACACCUUCUACCGCUCCUACCACUACACCAACAUCAGCCUCACCAGCCCGUCUUUGUCCAACACCUCGAGUCCCCCACUUCCCUCCCGACUGAACGACAAGCCCGCCCCCGUCACCGACAACAAGGAGAAGAAGACCGGACAACAAGCAGGCGAAUCGGCGGUGGAGGCGAACCUGGGCCGCAAGAGAUGCAUUAGCUUCGCUUGCGGACGCAAAGCCGAGGAGCAGAAGGUACAACCUCCCACCCCGCAGCGACCCGCCGCGAAGAACCCGGAAACCAACCCUACCCCUACUUCGACCGAGCCUGUCAAGCGCAAGACGGUGCUCACCUUCGUCUGCCCGGCCCGGGAUCCGGAGACUCGCCGUGAACGUUCUCCUGCUCGUGCGGCUGCUCUGAAGCCCCGCCCCCGUGGAUCUCCCGCCCCCGUCGCCCGCAAAGCUUCCCCUGAGAACAAGACGCCAUUGAAGAUCGUCAUCCCCGAGCACCAGGAGCAGCAGCCCUCGUCCGACCGCAGAGGCGUCCCGACCAGCGGACUGGGCAAGUUCGAGGAGUCCGAGGCAACUCGCUUCCACGAAUUUGCCAGCUCAGUCGAGGAGGAUGACGAAUGGGUCACCAAGUCCGCCGACUACAAAGAGAAGAUCACCCUGAACGACUGCAUGAAGAAGGAGAACGCCAUCCGGAAGCUCGGAGAGGAAGCCGAGGAGGAGGCCCUAGACGACGAGGAAGAGGAUGAUGAUGACGACGAUGAGGAUGAGGAUGACGAUGAUGAAGACGAUGAUGGCGAUUCUACCAUUCACGAUAUCUCGUCAGAUGAUGGAAAUGAAUCCGACAACGAGGCUGGUUUCGCCGACUCAGAUGAGAGCGAUGGCUCGGAAUACGAAUUCUGGGCUCCCGCUACGACAACCGCCGCCACUAGCCCUCAGACGCUCGACCUCCCUCGUCCCACCUUCCCUCGUCGGGACUCAAACACGUCCUUUGACUCGUUGAACGACGAUAACAAGCACCGGAGGUGGCCUCCGGCUCUCUCCGAGAAGGGUGGCAGCCGUCCAACCAAGAUCCCGAAGAUGCGUCCCAGCACUCCUCACCUCCCCGACAGCACCGACUUCGUCUGCGGAACAUUCGACGAAGAUCGUCCGCUGGAGGCUGCCUACAAGUCCUGCAUGGAGCAGCGUCGUCUCUCCAAGCAGAUCCUCAUCCCUCAAGAUAUCGACCCCAGCUUCCCGACCUCAGACCCGGAAGAGGAAGAUGAGGAGGACGAGGAGGAUGACGUCCCGGAGUCGCUCGUCGUCGACGAGGCGCCUCGAGGAAGAGCCGGCCUGGAGCAAGCUCGCAAGCCUUCGCCUCGCGGUUCCCCCAAGCGGAUGAUUUCGCCCCCGCCGCCUCGCCGCAACGGUCGUGUCUCCCCCCGUCGCCUGCGGUCUCCGCCUCCCCCGAUGAAGCUGAAGUCCCCCACCAAGGGCGAUCGGUCGCCCGCGGAGGAAGCGCCCAGUCUUCGCCCUCAGGGUCUGAACAUCAGCGAGUUGGUGCAGCGGCCACACAUGACCCGUACCAAGUCACUGCCUCGGACUCCCAACCCCUUCUUCAUGAGUCUCGACAAAUCCCACAAGUGGCCCGGCGUUGCUUCCCUGGGAGACUCGUCGGACUGUGAUUCACGUACGCGUGAAAUCCAUACUCGUGGCCCCAUCGACAUCGUCGAGGGUCUCGAGAAGAAGCGCCAGAAGCGCAAAGAAAAGUUCUGGCGCCAACACUGCCGCAAAGCUGCCAAAGAGCAGAUGGAGCGGCGACGACCAGUCCCCGGAAAGGGAGCCGAACGGAUGAAGGACCUUGGCCUCGCAGUUGCUGAGAGAUGCCGAGCUUAUGGCGUUGGAGAAAACGCCCAGCUCGUCCUAUCUGUUUAG